AUGUGCAAAACUCCCAAAACUCCGAGUAAAACUAACUAUCAAGCUACACCGAUUACAUCAGAGAUUAAACGUUCGCUGUUUCAAUCGGAGAAUUUGAAUGAUAUGGAAGACGACUUGGGUCUUUUAUCACCUUUAAGCCCUUCGUCAUGCAGUUCUAAUCAAUCGUUAAAUAGUCCACAAUUUUCACCAAAUGGAGAAUUUGAAACUCCUCGAAAGUCUGGACGUAAUAAAUCUACAAAAAAAAUUUUUAACGAAAACAACAGUUCUCCCAUAAUUGGGUUAAAAAAAAUUGAAAUAAAAUCUAGCUUAUUCCCAGAUUUAGAAAUAUUUAGUUCAAGAUCGAAAAAAUCAUACAGAACACCUAAAACAGUAUUAUGUAAAAAAUCUGAAGCAGAAUAUAAUAUUAAUGAAAAUAAAAAUUAUUCCGUACCGGCUAAAAAAUCACAAAGAAGAGAAUUACUUAAUGAUUUUAAUGUUCUCGAAACAGAUUCUUCAUCAGUUGUUAGUAGUUCUACUUUAGAAUGUGAUGAAUCUCCCAUGGGUAGCGAUUCAUCCCAGAAUGUGACUACUUUAGGAAUAAAACCACUAUCAUGUGAAAGCUUUUAUGGAGCUCCUCCUCAAAUUCAAAAAGUUCGUACUAAAUUAUUUAUUGAUACUCUGGAUCGUAAAGGUUUAAAUAGAAAUCUCACGAGAUCGUUGAGUAAAGAAUCUUUAACAUCAAACAGAAGUUUUGUCAAUGGAAUGCAACCAGGGGUUUGGCAUAACAUUAAAAAACCUAAGCAAAUAAAAAAAAUUCAAAAAACGGAAAAACCAUUGAUAUCUCCCAAAUCUAGAGUUGCAAAAAUGUUAAAAUCAAAUUCGAAAGAAAUUAUAAUUAAAGAAAAAUCUUUGUUUCAAGAAAAUCCGAGAAAAAGAAUCGCACACUCUAAAAAGCGAAGACGAAAUGAUGACGAUGAUGAAUUUGGUACCACGUGUAAACUUCAAUUUUCCGACGGUGUUAUGAGAAUUCAAACUCCUAAAAAAAGGCGAAAGUUGUAUUCUGGAAGAAGGGAUUACAUUGAAGAUUUUAACGAUGUCGAUGACGGAGACAACGAUAUACAAAAUAGUAUAAAAAGUAUUUUAAACAUACUCGAAGACGAUAAACCCGAAAAAAAAAUAGAAACGCAACCUUUCGGCGUUCUUCAACCCCUGAGUACAACCCCAUCAAAAUCAAAUAAAAAAUUAGAAAAAACUCCAACGAAACCUGUCGUUAACCUCCCAACCCUCAUCAUUAACGAUUUCGAUAGCGACGAAGAGGAAAAUGUGGAUCCGAAAUUAAUAUCGAGAAUGGAAAAAGGAACCAACGAAUUAACUCUUGAAAAAACGGGUAACAUGAUUUCUUACAUGACGAAUAUUUUAGUUAAUAAAGAUGAAGAUGUUGGUAACACUUCUUUCGAAUCCGUUGGAAAUGAAAAUGAAAAUUAUUCACCCAAUAAAAAUAAUAAUCUUUUCUCGGUGUUUUACAAACAAAAUUGGGACAAGAUAAAAAAUUUAAACGAGAGCUUGACGAAAUCGGUACAACACAAGAAAAAAAUAAUAGUUCCAGAUGAUCAAUAUUUGUUGGAUGCUGGACAGGAUAGCAUCGGAAUCGUUACUUGUAAGAAAUGCGGGGUCAUGUAUCAAUCUGGUGAUUUUGCAGAUGAAGCGAUUCAUAAUAAUUUUCACAAUCAUUUAUCAGAAUUGAAAUUCACGGGUUGGAGUAACGAAAGAGUGGUUGGAAAAUAUUCCGAUGGACGAAUAAUAAAAAUCGUAAACGCGGAUCCGAAAAUUUGGUGGCAAAAAGUAAUGAAAAUAGUCGAAAUAGUCGAUCAGGAUUUGGGUUUUCCGGAAGCAAGCGUUCAAUCAUUGUUUUACAAAACGGUUUAUUUGUACAUAAACGAAAAAUCAAAACAAAUAGCCGGAUGUUUAAUAGCCGAAGAAUGCAAAGUCGGUUAUAAAAUGUUUCCGCCGAUAGAAGGAGUUGAAAUUGAUUCAUGUUCGAAAGAUCCGACACCGUGCAAAAUCGGUAUCAGUCGUAUUUGGACGGCGUUAUCACACAGGCGUAAAGGAGUUGCCACGAGAUUGGUGGAAUGUUUGCAAAAAACGUUUCUUUUCGGUAACGUUGUUACUUUGGACGAAAUUGCAUUUUCCGUACCAUCGCCUUCCGGUAAAUUAUUUGCACAAAAAAUAACCGGUAAAUUUGAUUUUUUAGUUUACGGUUUUUAA